CCCUGCAGACUCACUUCAGAACCCCCUCAAGGCCCUCCCAUCUAGGGAUGGGCUCAGUUAUCUGCUAGCUGCAGGACUUUGGUUCAUGGCCUUGUCAUGUACUGAAUCAGGAAACUGUAACUUAAGGCACUUAGUGCAUUUUAUGUCUAAGCAUUAGGCUAAAUGAUCAUUCACAUGCUACAUACUUCACUGAUAUUACAUUAGAUAAGAUGAGGAGACUAUGUUGUCACAGAUAAAAGAUGUCACUGUUGUUUGACAGCGACCGGAGUGGAGUUUUCUGUAAUGGCACACCACAAGCCAACUAUUUGGAAAAGGCACAGCAGACCGGGCUUAUUGGUUAAGCACUAAAACCACAGAGGGCAGAUUAUGCUGUUAAAGUCCUGGUGAACUCCAAGCUGGGUUAUAUCACAGUUUGAUAUGGUCAGGCAGGCAGAGGAACAUGUUCAUCAUGCUCUUAUAGUAUUUCAGAGAACAAAACCAUUAGCCCAUGUCACAAUAUUAAAGGUGCUACCUCGCCAUAAUUGAAGUAAGCCUGCAUCUUAAAUUCUAUUCUAGAGAAAUUGUAACAUUUUGAGGGAGAGAAAUAAGCAUAUGAAGACAAAGGCAUGAGGCUGAAAAGAGAGUAGGCUAAAUGAAAUGUUAGGGAAAACGAGAGGUCUAUCUGUUGUAGCUGAGAGAGAGAGAGAAAGAGACCUCUACUAUUAGGGAACAAUGUUUGUAAAAUGAUUGUAAAUAAACUGUACAUAACUUAAAUACUAUUUACAUUUUCUGUAUUAUUUCGAAAGAUAUAAAACUAAAAUGAGCAGGCAAAAAUAUAUACAAAUAAUAUAAUAGAUUCGUUAAGAUAAAUUCGAUAUGACAUUUUUGUAAAAAUGGAAUGGAUUAGGCUAUUUUGUUUCUGCUGGAGUCUGCUGAUGGACCUCCCCUCUGCCUAUGACGUGUGACGGUGCGAAUUGUACAGUAUCUUGAAGAUAAUACAGUCAGUAGCCUAUUAGACAACAGAAUAGAAGGCACGUAGCCUAAUGUUAGAAAACCUUGUUUAAAUUACAGUUUGGCAUAAAAAAUGUCGAAAGCCGUUGGCGAUAUAUUAAUUGGAGUCCUGGAUGACUUGGGAGAGGCUGAAUUGAAGAAGUUCAGACGUAAACUCUGUGACCGCAAGCAGGAGCCAAAAGUUCGCAGGGACAUUGUUGAGAAAGCUGACCCAGUGGACUUGGUAGACAUUUUGACCCGUACCUUCACUGAAGACGGGGCUGUGAAUGUGGCUAUAGAGGUCUUGGCUGCAAUUAACUGCCAAGAUGUCGCAAAGGAACUGAUGGAAUUCAAGAAAUCUCCGGGAUCUUGCGUAACAUCUGGUGAUAGAAUGGCAAGUGCAACUGGACCAACGACGAUGAACCAAGAUAAACACUUUGUGGACCAUCACCGGGCGGCCCUGAUCGACAGAGUGAGCCAGGUGGAACCCCUAUUGGAUAGACUCCUGGAGAGGGGAAUCAUCACCCCAAACACCUACAGUGACGUGAAGGCUAACAGAACCACCCAGAACAGGAUGAGGGAGCUCUACGAUGGCCCUCUGAAAGCAUGUGGGCCUAAAGGCAAAGAUAUAUUCUUAGAUAUCCUGAUGGAGCAGGAGCCAUUCCUAAUCAGUGACCUGAAGGGGGAAUAAUGGAGAUAGGGGCCAUUCACAAUUUUUUUAAGGCAAGCGACAAAAAUGUGAUGAUAAUAAUGCCCUCUGUGUUACAGUACAUUCUUAAAUUGGAAAAAUGAAUUGUCUCCAAAGUUUGCAAUAAAUGAAUACAUUUUA